GUCUUUUACUGUCUAACUGGUUGGAGCUCAUGCUAAUGGUCUUCGCCAUUGACGAUGAGGUUGUUAGGCCUUUGCCCUAACAAUUCCUUUGCUGCUCCUCUGCUCUCCUUCGUCUCCAAUUUGCAUUAUCGUCACUGUCCUCGCCUCUUCCCCGUCUCUCGUGUUUCCAACCAUUUCUGCGUAUCAGGGGGAAAAGGUUUGGUGUUAGCAGCGCAGUUCGGCUAUAAGAGCGAUAGUCAGAGUGAAUUCCAACGGAAGGACUUGAUGGCUGGAGAAAAGGAAAUUCCAGGAAUAAACAAAACCCCUUAUCCACCUAUUGAGCCUUACAGUACUGGUCUUUUGAAAGUGUCGGAUCUUCAUACUAUUUACUGGGAGCAAUCUGGGAAUCCCGCCGGUCAUCCAGUGGUCUUUCUACAUGGGGGACCAGGGGGAGGAACUGCUCCAGGCAAUAGAAGAUUCUUUGACCCAGAUUUUUAUAGAAUUAUUUUGUUUGAUCAGCGAGGUGCAGGGAAAAGUACCCCACAUGCUUGCUUGGAGAAUAAUACCACGUGGGACCUCAUUGCUGACAUUGAGAAGCUAAGGGAACACCUGAAAAUUCCAGAAUGGCAGGUCUUUGGAGGUUCCUGGGGUAGUACGUUGGCUCUUGCUUAUAGUCAAACUCAUCCUGAAAAGGUUACGGGAUUAGUUCUUAGAGGGAUCUUUCUUCUGCGGAAAAAAGAAAUUGAUUGGUUUUAUGAAGGUGGUGCAGCUGCUAUAUAUCCAGAUGCUUGGGAGACUUUUAGAGAUCUUAUUCCCGAAAGUGAAAGAGGAUGUUUUGUUGAUGCUUAUUGUAAGAGAUUAAAUUCAAGUGAUAUGGAAACCCAAUAUGCAGCUGCAAGAGCGUGGACCAAAUGGGAAAUGAUGACUGCUCAUCUUUUGCCAAAUGAGGAAAAUAUUAAAAGAGGGGAAGAUGAUAAGUUUUCAUUGGCAUUUGCAAGGAUCGAAAACCAUUACUUCGUAAAUAAGGGGUUUUUCCCUUCUGAUUCCUUUCUGCUAGAUAAUAUUGACAAGAUACGACAUAUCAAUGCUGUAAUUGUUCAGGGAAGAUAUGACGUUUGCUGCCCAAUGAUGUCGGCUUGGGAUCUUCAUAAAGUGUGGCCCGAAGCUGAAUUAAAGAUCAUUCCUGACGCAGGUCAUUCUGCUAAUGAGCCUGGAGUAGCUGCUGAGCUCGUGGCUGGGAACGAGAAGCUGAAGAACAUCCUGCAGAAGAAUGGACCAUAACGAGACUCCCCCAAGUAUAUUUCUCACAAUUUUACUCAUCAAAUAAGUAAUCAAUGUCUGAAAUAAUAGAUUGGGGAUGCCAAAUUAUUGUGUAUUGGCAUGUGUUAAUGCUUGAACAUUGGUCAUUUCUGAAUGCCAAAAAUUUGAGAACUUCCAAGGAGAUUAUAGUGUUAAUCCCUAUGCGUUGAAUUUCCAAACGGUCCAUCAUUCUUAAUGUUA